GAGCGAGCGCGUGUUGAAGCUUGCGACCAUUACUGAGAGCAGCGUGCCGCCACUCGAGACUACUGAAGCACGUGUGAGGCUCUCCAUUUGUUUUGGUUGGCACUGUGGCGCAGUCGCCUCAUAUCCUGCUGCCAAUGGAAACACCGUGGCAGAUGGCUCGAGGGCCGCUACGGUGCAGCUGCAGACUUGGGACUUGGCAUGCCUGCACAACGCGGUCAGCAGUCAGACGGAGCUCUGCUGGCUCUCACCAGACCCCCUCUUGUCCUCCAGCCGACGCUCGGCUGAGGAGACGAAGAAGCAAGAUCUGGUUCGUCGCCAGAGUUUCGGCACCUCGAUUGUCCUGAGCAAGGUGCAAGAAAUUCAGGCCGUGGUCUCCCUGUCAGUACUGCAAGGCAAAGUUUGCCAAGAACCGGUUGCGAAGCAGAUCCCUCCUCACUUCGAAAUUGCCAUCCUCUUGCAGGUAGUCAGCGACUUCGUCCGAUGCUUGCCCAGCUCCGGCCAGCAGAAGAACUUGACGCAAGGUGGGGAAUCCUAUCCCCUUGGAAUCCGGUACGAUGGCGCCCUCGCUUCCCAGUUGGCUUCGCGGCUGGUCCACAUCCUCAUAGAGGAAGAGCUCGGCUACAGCGUCGCCAGACAGGAUGGAGAUUCGCAUGCCGGCAUGUAUGCACUGAUGGGUUGCGCAACCGACGGGACAUGCAUCCAACCGACUCGCCAGCACAUCAAUAUGGCAGUAUGGAUGACGCCGGACCUUUCUGCUACAUUCGGGGAUAUUCACUCUGAGCGAGCAUCUGAGGCUCCUGUUAGCGCCGGCAGCAUGGGCCAUUUCGGCUUAGAGCAAAUCUUCUACAAGGUGAGUGCCCGUGAGCGAGCUCGUCAAGACGGAGUCGAUCUAGACUCUUACCAGGGCUGGAGCACUACUGGAGUAUCGGCUUACUUUGAAAGUAUCAGCUCAAUCGACAGAAGUCUUCUGGCCUCAUGCAAUUCUAGCUUUGGUUUCACGAACACAGCUGCGAAUGAAAACUACCUCCGCAUGACGGGUGACGACGGAGGAUUAACCCUGUCGGGCCUACCGGAUGGUGGGUUUGUGGCUUACUGCUCUGAUGGGUACUUCUGGCUUGCACCAUCGUGCCGAGACGCAGCAGAAUCUUGCGUGCCAUAUAUCACUUUCUCCUCUUGGGGUCUUCCCGAGACAAUGCAAAAGGCCACCAUCUACCAAAUGCCGCUGGCACUGGCUAAUGCUCGCACAUAUUCGGAUUGGACUGGUUUGGUUCGAAGAGUGAACUGCGCUUUCUAUUGGUGGACACCAUCCUCACUCUUCGUCGAUCUGUCGCCAGUGCCGAUAACUUUCCCCCCCCACAACCCAGUUGCGUGGAGGGCCGGAGACAUGGCCUCUACGGGCCCACCCCAGCCGAUCUGGAACAUGAUCAGCCAGGACCUGGCCCUUUUGGCACCGGAUGCUGCGGACCUCGUCAAGAAGGUCCGUCUCCCCCUAGAGGACGUGGAGUCUAUGCUGCGGGCCGCCGGCCAGUUUGAGCAAUCUAGUGGAGACUCUGGAGUGCACGAGGCGGCUUGCCGCUGGCUUCAGGCAAACAGGGCAUCUUGGGAGCUAUGGCUACCCGACGAGACGAUCUGCACUCCCGGAAUGGGUUUGUUCGAUGCUGGCCGCCAGACCUUUAUGCAGAGCAGGGGCGAAGUGGCGAGCCCGGAGUGUCGCGAGUGCACGCAGGGACUGGUCUCCUGGGCUCUA